AUGGCUCGCCCCCUCGCAUCCCUCAUAACCUCCCUGGGAGGCUGCCGCUGGAAGCUGACUCGAACCCUCCGCAGCGACAACCCCCACGACCUCAAUGGUGAGCUGCGGGGCACCGCCCAAUUCACCCCGCUCUCCAACUCCGACUCAGACUGGCUCUACAGCGAAGAGGGCGAGAUCCCAUCUGGCGGCGCCGGGGCUCUCCCAGCUGGCCUACGCUGGACGAAGAAAUAUAUCUGGCGCUCGAGCAAUGACGCGUCGCAGAUAAGCGUGUGGUUCGUGAAGGUUGCGCCGGGGCCUGAGGAGGUGGAUUACUUGUUCCAUAAUUUCGAUUUCUCGGAUGCGGUUGCGCCCCCUUCGGACAAUAAGGAGCCUCCGACACAAUUCAUCGCUCCUACAGUCCCUCCGUCAUCGACUGUGCCCGAUAAUGAGACGACUGUUCUGGCUGCGAGGGGGAAUCAUCUGUGCAUCAACGAUAUGUAUCGUACGGCGUACUCGUUCCGUAUUUCGAGUACGACGGGCGAGGUGUUGACUUGGACUAGUCGGCAUGUGGUGAAAGGGCCGAAGAAAGAUCAGGAGAUUAUCAAUCGAUAUGAAAGAGGGAGCUAA